AUGCCCAACCCACGCCUCUUUCUCGACUUCGCCAUCGACUCUGCGCCCGCAGCCAGAGUCGUCUUCGAGCUCUUCGCCGACACCGCACCGAAUACCGCAGAAAACUUCCGCGCCCUGUGCACCGGUGAGAAGGGCCUCUCGCCCCUCUCCGACCGCCCGCUCUACUACAAGAGCAGCAUCAUCCAUCGCUCUAUCCAGGGCUUCAUGAUCCAGGGUGGAGACUUCACCAAGCGCAAUGGCACUGGUGGCGAAUCCAUCUAUGGCGGCACGUUCCCGGACGAAGACCUCACCCGCCCACUCGACUCUGAGGGCCUCCUCUGCAUGGCCAACAAGGGCCCCAACACCAAUGGCUCCCAGUUCUUUGUCACGCUGCGGGAAUGCCCCCAUCUCAACGGCAGACACGUCGUGUUCGGACGCGUCAUUCGUGGCUACGAUGUCAUACAAAAGAUAGCGGACGUUCCUACAGACGCGAAGGAUCGCCCGACCGUGCCCAUCACUAUCGUCAACUGCGGGGAGCUUGUUCUCAAGAGUAAGGUCCAAUCUCAGGAGCCUGAACCAAAAGCUGCGUCACCCACGUCGGAAAGCGAAAGCGAACGUCCCGACGACGAGCGCAGACAUCGCAAGAAGCGUGGGCGCCACCGCUCCUACAACUCGGACGACGACCGCGACUCUGUGGCUGGUGAUGACUCCGACCGCGAAAAGAGACACCCAAAAAAGUCCAAGCACAAGCACGCAUCCAAGGACAAGGACAAGUCAAAGUCAAAGGGUAAGAAAGACAAGGAACGCGACCAGUUGCCCUCAAGGACGCCAACCAUGCCCAUGCCUCCUGGGGAGGAGACGGAGGAGCAAUACGAUGCGCGGCUGGAACGCGAGGAGAAGGAGCGACUCGAAGAGGCUAAGCGGCGAGAGUUGGAGAGGCUGCGGCGAAGGCUGGAGGAACAGGAGGCCAGCGAGUCGAACAAUGGGGUGCGGUUCAAAGGACGUGGGCGAAUGAAAUACGUCGACCCAGAAAUGAGAGGCCAUCGAGAUAUGUAA